CUCACACACAGCUCGGAUACGUACCGCAUGUGAUAGUGCGUGCAUUCCGCGGUCAGCGCUAGGUAGGUAGCAUAAACCCAAUUUACAGUCGCGGGAAAGUCUGGCGGUGCAGUGUGUUAUCGGGCUGGUGGUUGAACACAGAAGCAGCAUCAAGGAAGCUUGAAGCUAGCUAGUAGCUGGUGUCAUCGAGUGAAAGUCAAGUGAGCUAGUUGAACUUGAAGCCGAAUACAGCUUGGUAGUUGAAAUUACAUCCCACUGUACUGGUGAAUUUGAUAACACUUGAUCAUGUCUGACAGCGACAACAGUAUUUUCUCCGAGGAGGAAGAAGAGGAGGGGGAAGAAAGCUUUCAGAAAGAUAGCGAUGAGGGUAGUCUUGUUGGAAGCGCUGAUGAAGCUGAAGAGGGAGAGGAGGCCGACGACGGGGAAGAAGAACCGGAGGAUGGGGAGGAUUUGAUGAGCGAACCACGGAGCGACGAGGAGGACGAAGAGGAAGAGGAAGAUCACGAUGGGUACGACCAUAGGAAGAAAAUAAAGAAGAGGAAAGUUGAGAGUUUCAUCAUUGACGAAGCUGACGUUGAUGAUGACUACGGUGAGGACGAUGAGGAAGAUGAAUGGGAAGCUGGAGCCGAAGCACUGAUCAAUAACGCUCCCACAGAUUAUAAUGAUAGUGAUCAACAUGGAGCUCGACGUCUUACUCAGCUGUUCAGUACACAAAAGGAGGAUGAGCUUGAGGAGUAUUACAAGAGGAAAUAUGCUGAAGGGACCAGCACGUCGUAUAGAGACGAAGAUGAGCUCCCAGACUCCAUCACACAACAAGGACUUCUCCCUGGCGUCAAAGAUCCCAAUCUGUGGAUGGUCAAAUGUACCAUUGGCCAGGAGAAAGAGGUCGCAAUCCAGCUCAUGAGGAAGUUCAUCGCGUACCAGAAUACAGAAGAGCCGCUUCAAAUUAAAUCCAUUGUGGCCGUCGAGGGGUUGAAAGGUUACAUCUACAUCGAGUCUUACAAGCAGACCCAUGUCAAGCAAGCCAUCAACGGUGUCGGGAUGUUGAGGAUCGGUCAGUGGACUCAGAAGAUGGUCCCCAUCAAGGAGAUGACCGAUGUCCUGAAAGUGGUCAAGGAGACUGCUAUGCUCAAAGGAAAAGCUUGGGUCAGACUCAAGAGAGGGGUUUUCAAAGAUGACCUGGGCCAAGUGGACUACGUCGAUCAGACCCAGAACCAGGUUAUCCUGAAACUCCUUCCGCGAAUCGAUUACACCCGACCCCGCGGCAUCCAGCGGACGGCCCAGACCGCGGCCGAGAAGCGGAAGCGUCGGCGCCCAGAGCAGAAGCUGUUCGACUUGGAAGCGAUUCGUAGGAUAGGUGGAGAGGUCACAUCUGAUGGUGAUUUCUUGGUCUUUGAAGGGAAUCGCUACAGUAGGAAAGGGUUCCUCUUCAAGACGUUUGCUAUGAGCGCUAUCAUUGCCGAAGGUAUCAAGCCCACCCUGUCUGAGUUGGAGAGAUUUGAAGACAAGCCAGAGGACAUCGACGUAGAAUUGGUUGCGAAGAGCAAAUCGACCAAAGAAAAGAGUCAUAGCUUUGCUCCAGGAGACAACGUGGAAGUGGUAGAAGGAGAAUUGAUUCAUCUCCAAGGUAAAAUCAAGAGCGUCGAUGGAAACACCAUCCUGGUUCUACCGAAACACGAAGAUCUAAAGGAUACCCUAGAGUUUCCUGCUCAUGAAUUGAGGAAGCAUUUCAAGAUUGGAGAUCACGUGAAGGUCAUCGCAGGUCGCUACGAGGGAGAUACGGGAUUGGUCGUCAGGGUGGAAGAGAACCUGGCCAUCGUCUUUUCAGAUCUAACCAUGCAUGAGAUGAAAGUAUUGCCAAGGGAUCUCCAGCUUUGCCAAGAGAUGAGCACAGGAGUAGAUUCUCUAGGACAGUUUCAGUUGGGUGACUUGGUUCAGCUUGAUCCACAGACGGUUGGUUCGAUUGUAAGGUUGGAGAAAGAGACCUUUCAAGUACUGAACAUGCAUAACAAGCUUGUUCAAGUAAAGCCCCAGGCUGUUACUCGUAAGAAAGACUCCAGACAUGCAGUAGCGUUGGACGCCGAACAGAACAACCUACAGGUCAAAGACAUUGUCAAGGUCAUUGAUGGUCCGCAUUCGGGCAGAGAAGGAGAAGUCAGACAUAUCUACAGGAAUUACGCAUUCCUGCAUUCCCGUCUGAUGACCGAGAAUGGAGGAGUGUUUGUUGUCAGGAAUAGGCACAUUGUUUUGGCUGGAGGCUCAAGGAAAUCUGAUGGUGGAUUUUCGACUGGAUUUGCACCCAUGAGCCCACGUAUUACAAGCCCCAUGCAUCCAAGUGCAGGUCCUGGUCAACAACCUGCAGGUGGGCCUGGUGGCGGGCGUGGUCGUGGGCGUGUCGGCAGAGAUAGAGGCCUGAUUGGACAGACAGUGCGCAUCACAAAGGGACCAUUUAAAGGUCAUAUCGGUAUCGUGAAAGACGCCACCGAAUCAACGGCUCGUAUUGAGCUACAUACGAACUGUAAAACUAUCAACGUCGACAGGAGCCGAAUGAACAUUGUAAGCGAUCAGAUCCGAAGUGGAAUGACGACAGCUUACAGCAGAAACACGCCCAUGUACGGCUCUCAAACCCCCAUGUAUGGGAGCGGUUCCAGGACUCCGAUGUAUGGCUCUCAAACUCCACUACACGAUGGAAGUAGAACUCCUCACUAUGGCUCGAUGACCCCGUCACAUGAUGGUAGCAUGACCCCUUCAAGAUCAGGAGCAUGGGAUCCCACUGCACCAAGCACUCCUAUGGGCUUUGACGAGUCGUCUCCCUCGCCCCAACCCUAUGGAUCCACCACCCCUGGUACCCCAGGGUAUGCUGGGGAGCCCCAGUCGCCGGGGCAGGGACCGUACACCCCCGCUACGCCAAACAGCUCAUCCGGGAUGUACGGGAGUGAGUCGACCUACUCCCCGUACGGACAGACGCAGACGCCAUCCCCGGGAAGUUACCAGCCCACACCCAGUCCAUCAAGCAGCUUCCAGCCUGCCCCGAGCCCCGGUUCUUACCAAGCCACCCCGUCCCCAUCGGGCACCUACCACACCCCAUCACCCGGGAGCUACCAGGGCAAUCCCAGCCCUCUAGGGUACUCUGCCAACACCCCCAUGGCCCCGUCGCCUCUGGGGUACAACCCCCAGACACCAGGGGGCGACAUCAUGCACCCCUCCCAGAUCGAUUGGCACACCCCUGAGAUCAUGGUGAGGAUCAAGGAUUCCCAUGACGACCCAUCGCUCAUCUUCAAGGAGGGUGUCAUCAGAAGCGUCCAGGGUCCGUUGUGUUCGGUGUACCUUCCAGAUGGCGAAGACAGAGUAGUUACAGUGAAAGCAGUUCAUCUUGAGCCUGUCAUGCCAAGCAAAACCGACAGAGUGAAGGUGAUAAUGGGUGAUGACCGUGACAGCACCGGAACCCUCAUCAACAUUGACGCUGAAGACGGGAUCGUCAAGAUGGAUCUGGGCGCGGCCGAUAUCAAAAUCCUGCAGCUCAAAAUGCUUGCUAAACUCUAUAAAUAAACUCUCUUUAUUAUUGUUUAUUCAUUGUACCUGGGGAGCUUUUCAUGACAGGACUUGUCUGACAUUUUUUCUGACGGUUACCAUAGUAACAGUGCUUCUCAGAAAAUCAAAAUCAAGGAAAGUCUUGCAGGUCUUACAACAUGUCUGACAAAAACGUUGAUGAAACGUUCGUCUGAGCGUUUUACGAAAGAACUUGUCAAAUGUUGCAUCCGACAAGUCCUCUUUUAUCCAACAGUUACCAUGGUAACAGUGCUCCUCA